UCGAGCUAGGUUUUCCAUAACACACAACAAAAGAAAAAAAAGAAAUUUCAUCAAAAUGCGAACAAGUUGCAAUGGCUGUCGGGUGUUAAGAAAGGGUUGUGGUGAAGAUUGUAACAUCAAACCCUGUUUGCAGUGGAUUGAGAGCCCAGAAUCACAAGCACAUGCAACUUUGUUUCUUUCCAAGUUCUAUGGUCGCGUUGGCCUGAGUAACCUCAUCAAUGCUAGCCCUCAACACCUUCGUCCAGAGCUUUUUCGUUCAUUGUUAUAUGAGGCAUGUGGUCGAAUCGUGAACCCUAUUAAUGGGUCUGUGGGUCUAUUAUGGUCUGGGAGCUGGCAACUAUGCCAUGCUGCUGUGGAAGCUGUUUUGAAGGGUGCGCCUAUCAUGCCAAUAACUUUUGAGCCAACGACAAACAUGUGGAGCCCACCUCCUAACAUCUACGACAUACGUCAUGUGUCCAAAGAUGAAAGCUCAAUCGUACCCAUUGAAGGUGAGGGUGUCAAGACUAGGUCCAAGCUGAAGCAGGUUAUUAGCUCAGUCAUUAAGCCAAAGGCCACCAGGAGAAACCAUUCUGUGUGUCAUGAGUCAUCAUCGAGCCAUCGGUUUGAGAGUGAAAGUGCUGUAUCCGCUGAGGCUUCGAUCAAUAUCCAUGAUGAACUUGAUUCAAACUCAAAGCUGAGUGACCACCAAGCUAGAGAAAAUGGUAAUGAAGUUGGUCUGGAGCUGAAGCUCGGGUUCGAAUCCACUUCUCGUGUGGAUUGCUCUAUGCCCAUGAAAAAGAGAAAGAUUGAUAUGAAGAACUGGUUGUGUUAAAUUGAGCUGGGAUUGGAGGUUGCAACUUGAACAAAUCGCAAUUACUUGACUGAAUUAGAUUUUCCUCAAUCUUGCAGAUGAGAUGAGAACUUUGAAAAAAAAAAAAAAAGAAAUAGAACCGUUGUUAUGCUUUUUUUUUAUUUCUUAAACUUCUUUUGUUUUGCUUUUCAUUUUGGGUUAGAUUUUUGUGAAUGUGGUAUUGUGCAAAUGUUAGUGCAUUGAUAAAUCAGGAUUUUGUACGAGUUUUAUCAAGUUGCAAUUCUGUGUCUAUUUCUCUCUUCACAAGUAUUAAAUAUGUCAAUUAUUUGAAUACUAAUGAAGAGCGAGA